UGGGGUGUCAUAGGCAGCUUGUUAUGUGACUGCAAGGAAUCAAUGGCAAUUUUUUGAGGCAGGAGGGGAAAGAAACAUGUUGGAAGAGAGAGCAUUGUCACCAGAGACCAAAGAGGAGGUGGAAAGAUUAGUGAGCCUAGCCCAGGGUUCAGGUGCCCUUCCUCGGGUCACUUUUAACACUCCAGAGAAGCUAGAGGAAGAACCAUGCCACAGAAAGUUGGCCAAACUAACAACCAAGUAUAAUCGGAAAGAUCUUCAGAGGUGGAGAGACCUGGAGGAAUGGAUUGAUGCCCAAUUACAGGAGCUGUAUCAGUACCAGUUGCAGGAGGAGACAGAAGCAACAGCUGCCCCAGAGCCUGAAAUUGACAUUGAAGAUCUUCUUGAAGUCUCUAAUGAGGAACAGAAAUCAAGACUACAGGAAAUCCUUCACAAGUGUUCCCGACCUACAGAGGAAUUUGUUGCAGAACUGCUUGAUCGACUGAGGGGUCUCAGGAAAAUUGCCAACCCUCAAAGGAAAUGACUCUUAAUGAAACCCAAGGGAAAGCAUGCUGUCCUGUAGAAAAGAAUUAUCAGGAUAUGGAAUUGCAAGCUUUGUUCAACAUGGUGCUUGUUUCAAAGCUUCCAUCUUCACCAUUACUUUGGAGUUCUAUCUAUAGACAAUGAUAUCUGUGUGAAGAGGAGAAGAUCAUACCCUUCAUCCAGUCCCUGAGUCUCCGGUGAAAGUGUUGCACAUAGCAAAGUUAGAGAAGACCACAGCUCGGUGUUUCAGACAGCCACUGUAGGCAGAGUAGACAACACUGGGGCCAGAGAGACAACGGUAGGACUCAGCAUGGGGGUCAAAGUUGAUAUGAUGUCAGCAGCCCCAUUUUUUAAAAUAAAAGUCAUAGUUAAUCAAAUAUGAAACAAAGUUUCAUGCAGAGAAGGGUCAGGUGGGAAAGGGAUUCUGAAUCUUUUCUUCCCUCAUGCGCACACCCUCCUCCAAUUCAGUUCCUACAGCUGCUUGUUGUUCGUCCAAAGUGAGCUGCUCUGUGGGGAAACUGAUUGAAGGAAAGGAGAAGUUGUGGCAGGAGGGAGGGAAAUGCAGAAGAAAAAGUGUUCUGCACUCUCUUCACCAGCCCAUUCUUGGCUAAAGUCACACUUCUCACUUUAUACCUGUUUAGCAUGAUAUGCAUGCUAACUUAUGAAUUAUACCUAUAGUUUAACUUCUGUGAUCUGCCUUGGAUCCCUUGUGGGAGAAGGCAGGGUAAAAAGCACUUUAAAUAAAGACACACGUGUCUGCUGAUAAAGGCACUACAGGUUCAUUUUAUUCUCCUCUGUAAAGAACUACCCCUAUGACUUGGCACUGAGCCCCUUUGGAAACCCCCAUGGCUUCUUAGCCCCCAUCAUUAAAGUACAGAAGAGAGCAAAGGGUUGGAGCAUCUUUCCUGUGAGGAAAGGCUGAAGAGUCUGAGAUGUUUCAGUUGGGGGGCGGCGGGGAGAUGGAUGCUGGGGGCACAUGACCAAUGUUUAUAAAAUUAAGGAUGGGACAGAGAGAGCUUUUUCUUCCUCUCUGCAAAUGCUAGAACGUGGAAGCACCCUAUGAAAUUGAGGAUCAAUAGAUUCAGGACAGAUUUCUUGUGGAAUUCACUGCCAGUGGAUGUUGUGAUGGCAACAGGCAAAGAUGGCUUCAAAAGGGUUUAGACAAAUUUAUGGAGGACAAGUCCAUCAGUGGGUACUAGUUGUGGUGACUUGGGGGGACAUCCAUAAUCAGGGGCAGCAAACCACUGAAUACUAAGGGCUUAGGAGGGAACAUCAGGGGAAAGCUUUGGCCAUUAUGCCCUGUUUGCUUGCUCCAUAGUUGAGGCCAAUAUAUGGUACAGGAUGCUGGACUAGACAAAUCUCUAGUAUGAUCCAGCUGGGCUUUUUUAACGAGAUACCAAGCUUUUAAUUCUCAGACUUGUAUACCUACCUACAUCUGCUUUAAUAUUCUUGGACCAGCAUGAAUCUGCACUGCCUGUGGAUUAAAAUAACAUCAGAAAUAUCCUUCGUGAAAAGAAAGGCAGACAACAGCAUCUUCAAAGAUUUUCUUCUGUUUCAGUGUUAGCCAUAUCAGGAUUGAAAUGUUAAUGUUGACAGAAAUGAACAACUACAGCAUUGUAUUGUCGAUGUAUUGUCGCUACAGCAUUCAUUGGGGCUAUUGAAGAAAGAACUCUACAAAUUUGUAUUUUUCAUAGCUUUUAAACAAGGGAGACAGAUAUGCUUUAAGGCAAUAUUUGUAUUCUUCUAUAGAACACACUUUGAAAGUAGCUUGUGUGCAUGUAUGUGUGAUAUGUAUCUGUAUAUAGCCUUAAUCAUAAUCUGUUUGUUAACUUUGCCCACUUGAGCUUUUGGGACCUAAUGG